AACCUCUAUCCAAAGCAGCUCCAUAUACAGUUCCAGAAGCGCCAUAUCAUUGAGUUUUCUUCCGAUGCACUCUCUGUGUUUCCCAUUGCAGCAACUUUGUCCUUGAGCAUGCAUUAUACUAAACUAUGAUGUCCAUAGGUCUGGCUGAAAUGGUCACAUAUCUGCCGAUAUCCUCGCCCUUUAUACGCUUUGCUAGCCGUUUUGUCGAUGAUGCCUUUGGGGUUGCUGCUGGGUACAACUUCUUCGUCUUUGAGGCAAUUAUGGUGCCCUUCGAAGUCACGGCUUGCCAUAUGAUUAUUACGUAUUGGAGCAGUAUUGUGCCAGUCAGUGGGAUCAUUGCCAUUAUACUAGUGCUUUUCAUAUUACUCAACGUCUUUGCCGUACAAUGGUACGGCGAGGCAGAGUUUUGGCUCGCUUUGGGAAAGGUCCUGCUCAGUGUUGGACUGCUCUUCUUUACAUUUAUUGUGAUGCUCGGUGGCAACCCGCUUGGAGACCGGUUUGGAUUCCGAUACUGGAAUAACCCCGGUUCCUUUGCAGAGUACUACAAGACUGGCAGCCUUGGUCGAUGGCUUGGGUUUCUGGCCUGUCUUAUCCGUGCCAGUUUCACAAUUGCAGGUCCAGACUAUGUUUCAAUGGCUGCUGGCGAAACAAUAAACCCGCGCUCAGUCCUGCCCAAAGCCUACAAUGGGGUGUUUUACCGCCUCACAUCUUUCUUCGUCCUGGGAGCUCUCAGUGUCGGUAUUCUAGUCCCGUUUAAUGAUCCUACUAUGUCGGAUGCAUUUGAUAAAGACUUGCCUGGUGCUGCUGCAUCACCGUAUGUCAUUGCCAUGGACAGACUCCAUAUCCCUGUCUUACCACAUAUCGUGAACGCCAUGAUCCUCGGUGCUUGCUUCAGUGCAGGUAACAGCUAUGUAUACUGCGCUAGCAGGAGUUUAUACGGACUUGCGCUGGACGGCAAAGCCCCGCGUCUCUUCACCAAGUGCACUAGAAAUGGUGUUCCGAUCUAUUGCGUCGGUGCUGUUCUUCUCAUUGCCUUGCUCUCUUUCCUGCAGGUAUCCAACAGUUCGUCUGUCGUUUUAGACUGGUUUGUGAAUUUGGUAACUGCGUCACAGCUUAUCAACUUCUCCGUCUGCACAUUUACCUAUAUUCGUUUCAAAAAGGCCCUGGAGGCACAAGGCAUCUCCCGUGAUUCUCUCCCAUACAAAGGCAGGGGGCAGCCAUACGUCGCAUACAUUGCAUUGACAGCUACGACGGUCAUGGCAUUCGUCGGCGGCUACACCGUCUUCCUACCGGGAAACUGGAGCGUGCCGACCUUUCUAUUCUCCUACACCAUGAUUGGGGUAUUUCCGGUUAUCUACUUUGGGUGGAAAUUUAUCCAUAAAACUGAAGUGAAGAAGCUAGAGGAUAUUGAUUUGGUGACUGGUGUUGCGGAGAUAGAUGAUUAUACGAGGAAUUUUGUCACAGCGCCGCCGGGGAAUGUAUUUUCGAAAACGUCUAAAGUGCUUUUUGACUGACAUAUGACAUUAUGAUGAACAUGAUAUCUUGACAUGGACGAUAUACGAAGCUGUUAGAAUACUGUUGCAUCUAUCAUUCCGCUCCAUAGAUUAAAACAUUGGAUAAAUAUGA